AUGCACCUAUCCCUUAAUUUUCUUCUCCUGGCCUCGGGGUUCCUUGGUUCUGUUGUCUCAGCUGCUAACAGCAUCAACGUCUGUUCGUCGUGUACCUACAAGACUGUCUCGGCUGCACUUGCCUCUCUCCCUAACAACAGUGCCACAUGGACUAUUUAUGUUGCUCCUGGUACCUAUAAUGAGCAAAUCAAGAUUCGUCGGUCCAAUGUCAUCCUAAAGCCGUCCACUUCUGGUACAGUCCAAAUCCAACACAAUGGUAUGAGGGACACCCAGAGCUCUUCCGGUACCAAUGAACAAUCAGCCACUCUGUCUGUUUAUGGCAGCAAUGUCAAGGUUUACAAUAUGAUCAUCGCAAACAUAUAUCCUCAGACUAGAAAUAUUGCCAAUCUCGCUCUCAACCUUCAAGCUACUCAAGCAUCUUUUUAUAAUGUCAAGUUUUAUGGAUUUCAAGAUACUGUCCUGAUUGCCCUCGGUACUACAAGCUACUUUAAGAACUGCUACAUUGAAGGUUCUGUUGAUUACAUCUGGGGAUAUGGAACAGCCUACUUUGACCAUACCACUGUCGCAACAAACCAACGCGGUGGUUUUAUUACUGCUCACAAUCGACAGACUGCAAAUGCUGUUGGUGGAUUUUACUUUAACAGCUGUACUGCUAUUGCCACUCUCCCAUCUGGUCCCCUCAAAGCUACCGCUAAUAGCGCCCUUUCAUUCACUUCUACUUCUCAGUUCCCUCAAUCAACCUAUCUCGGACGCCCAUGGAGCCAGUAUGCUCGCGUGAUAUUCAUAUAUUCUGAGCUUGGUGCCCACAUAAACCCUGUUGGCUGGACUCAGUGGAGUUCUUCCUCCCCUAAUACCGACGGCGUUUUAUUUGGUGAAUACAGUAAUACUGGGGAUGGUAAAUGGAAUGACAGCUCUCGUGCAUCGUUUGCUACUCUCUUGACCGCUUCCCAGGCAGCUUAUUAUAGUAUCGGAAAUGUACUUGGAUCAACCAGCUGGAUAGAUACUAGUGUCUAGAUUAUGAUAGCCAUACAAGCAAUUUAUAUUAAUGAGAUACUUUUUUUUUCUUGUAAAUUACAAUUUAUAUGCCUAUUUAACCAUAUACUUAUUUGAAUAAUAUAAUUUGUAGUGAAAAAUAAAAAAUAAAAUUAUUUGGC